UGAAAUGAACAAGAUUAUUAUUUUGUCAUUGAUGACAGCAUAUGUUGUUGCAAAUAACUUUAACUAUUAUAGAACAUGUUCAAAAGCUGUUUGUGCUGUUCCUUACUAAACUUGUUAAAAUGAUCUUGCUUGUCAAUAAACUUUGGCAAUUUGUGAAGAAAGUAUAUAGUUUAUUAAUAGUUUUAGAAUGUUCAUCUGGAUAAGAGAAUUGCCUCGAAACAUGUCUAUUCAGUUCAAAUUCAUUAACUGUAUAGAAAUUGGCUAUGUGUUCAUUAAAUAACAUGUGUAUGAAUUCAGUUUUGUGUUAAAAUGAUAUCACUUGUCCAAUUACAUGUAAGGAACCAGCAAAAUUGGGAAAUGAUAAAUGUAGUACUCCAUAAGCAUAUGCUACUUAAGAAUGCAUAUCAGAAUUCUUAAUUUAAAUAGGUAGAGAAGAAUGUGCAGAGAGAAAUUGUGUCUGUAAAACAGUAGCAUCUUUAGACAUAUUUAUUGCUGGAUGUUAUUGUUGAAUUAUUAUAAAUAUAAAAUAUCAAAAAUGCUAAAAA